AUGGAGAAAGACGCACACGCCGACGGCGACUACGUCCCCAAAGCGCGCGCACGCAGGGCCGGCCCUGCUGGUACCGCCUGGGGCUUCCGCCCCGAGGCCCGACGGGCGCCGUUCGGUUCCGGUCCUAGCCCCGCCCCCGCGCGGGAACUCUCCAGAAGGCUUAAUAUCCGGGACCAGCGGCUGGCGCCAGCGCGCAUUUCCGGCGAGGGACACGAAGAGAAGGAUCCGGUGACGCCUCUUUCCGCCCCCGUGGUCGCCCAGGCUGCGGCUCUCGGAGAGAGAGUGAUGAAACUAGAACUGGAAAAAUGUAUAGGCCUUUGGCCCCUUUGCUGGAAAGUAUUAAGCCCUAGAACCGGGAAAGCUGUACCCAUCCUACUGCUACAGAACUUCACUGCAGAGGUAUUAGGGCAGAAUCCAUGUCUCCAGAAUUCUGGCUUGUCAUUCACAUGCAUCCAUGUGCCUUAAUUCCAAAUGUGAAGUUCCAGCCAAUAGGGAGUGUCUGGAAUAACACUGGAGUCUUUUUUACUUUAAAAAAACUCUCUGUUAAGAAAAAAAAGAAAAAAACACCCCACCAAUUCUCUUUGUUCAAACUUUACCUUACUUAUGUUCAAAAGA